AUGCCAGAGCUUGAUAGAUCUUUUAUGAAAGUGCUUGGUCCUGAGUGCGACACUCAAUCAGAUUUUUACAAGCAGAAUUACGAAGCAAUGUAAAAGGUAAAUGAUGAACUCGAUACUAUUACAAAGCAAAUGAUGCACAUCGAUGAUAAAUAUAAGGAAAUUGCUAAAAAAAGAGAUAAGAAGCAAGCCAGAGAAAGAAUCAAUGCAAUUAUUGAUCACGGUUCUCCCUUCCUUGAGUUAUCAUAAUUAGCUGGCUACAAGUAGCUAGGAGAGGAUUCAAUUCCAUCAGCUAAUGUUGUGACAGGAAUUGGAAUGGUUAAUGGCAGACAAUGCAUGAUUAUAUCUAACAACCAUGCUUUCAGAGCUGGAACAUAUUUCCCACUAACUGUCAAAAAGCAUAUCAGAGCACAAGAAAUUGCUGAAGAAAAUAACCUUCCAUGUGUUUAUUUGGUUGAUUCAGGUGGUGCAUAUUUACCAGAGUAAGAUGAUGUCUUUCCAGACAAAAAUCAUUUCGGCAGAAUAUUUUUCAACCAAGCAAGAAUGUCAAGCAAAGGAAUACCCUAGCUUGCUAUUGUGCUUGGAAGUUGCACAGCAGGAGGAGCCUAUAUUCCAUCUAUGAGUGAUGAAGUAAUUAUGGUUCACAAAAAAGGUACUGUCUUCUUGGGAGGACCUCCCCUUGUCUAAGCUGCUACAGGAGAAAUUGUGACAGAUGAAGAUUUAGGAGGAGCUACACUUCAUUCUGAGCAAUCUGGAGUUAGUGAUCAUAUUGCUUACAAUGAAGCUCAUGCUUUCCAACUAGCGAGAUCUAUUCUUUCAAACAUCGGAACUAAAUCAUACUAUCUUGAUAAUUCUCAUAAUAGAAUUGCUCCAGAAGAACCUCUCUACUCCCAAGAUGAAUUAAAUGGAAUUAUUUCAGUUGAUCACAAGAGAAAUAUAUCAAUGAAAGGAGUUCUGGGAAGAGUACUAGAUGGAUCAAGAUUUCAUGAAUUUAAGGAGAGAUAUGGAAGUUCUUUACUCACAGGUUUCGGCCAUCUCUAUGGCCACCCAGUUGGAAUCGUAGCUAAUCAAGGUGUUCUUUUCUCAGAAAGUGCUCAAAAAGGUGCCCAUUUUGUUCAAAUGUGUUCUUAAAGGAAAAUUCCACUUCUUUUCUUAUAAAACAUCACAGGAUUUAUGGUUGGGAAGAAAUUUGAAAGUGAAGGAAUUGCUAAGCAUGGUGCUAAGAUGGUUUCUGCAGUUGCAAAUGCUAAUGUGCCUAAGAUUACUGCAGUACUUGGAGCAAGCUAUGGUGCAGGCAAUUAUGGAAUGUGUGGAAGAGCUUACAGUCCCAGAUUCAUGUAUAUGCUUCCUUCUGCUAAAAUUUCAGUCAUGGGAGGUUAAUAGGCAAGUGAAGUAUUGAGCUUGGUCAGAUUUAGAGGAGAAAAGGACCAAGAUAAGAUCAAUAAAUACAAAGGAGAAAUUCAAUAGCAAUAUGACAAGCAAGGCAGUGCUUAUUACUCAACAGGAAAACUCUGGGAUGAUGGAAUUGUAAAGGCAGCCGAUUUAAGAAGAGUGCUUGGAAUGAGUUUAGCUGCAUCUCUAAACCAAAAGAUUGAGGACACUAAUGCAGGAGUAUUCAGAUUCUGA